AUGAAAAUACGAUUAAGUCAUCCAGAUAGUCUAGCAUUUGCAUAUUUUUUAAUUUGAAAGGGUUUUCCUCAAGGUUGUCUGAAUGGGGCGUGUGAAAAACUUCAACAGACGGACUUUCCCUUUCACUUUCAUGACGACACCUUCACAUAAUUUUACAUUCUUACAUUCCUAUGCGUCACUCUUGGCUUCGUCUUCUAGCCCCGCUAAUCACACUCUGAAUGCCACAACGAAAGCGUGCAAAGCGUGAAUGCGCGUAAAUCGGAUAACAAUAAAUAAUUCUCACGCCACUUUUUUGUUCUUAAAUAUUUAUUUUAUUAAACACUUCAAUGGGCAAAGCAGGAAAAAGGUGUGCGACCGCGACUUUCGAAUAGUGAGUGGAAGGGGAGAGAGAGAGGGGGGAGUAGAGUAUCAAUAACAGAGCCGCUGGCGAGGACGUCCAGAGUGUAGUAGCCCAACAAGCAGACGCUAUGUAAUUACCGUAAAGAAUCUUCGCAAAAUGUACUUAUGUACAUCUGUAUGUAUGUAUGUAUGUAUGCAUGUAGUUACACUUGAAACAGGUUUUGGCUGCAGUUCCACUUGUUGUUGUAGUUGCUGUUGUAUUUUAUUGCCUUUAUAACAAGCAUUGAUUCUUAAAUUAACUUUUGCUAUCGACUUCCCCCAAACGCAUUCACCUGAUGAUGCGACUCUGUACAUCAGUACAUCAGUACAUCAUUCACCGGCAGCGAGACCGCUAUUAUUGAACAGCAACGACAUCCGCAUUGGCAUUCGCAUAAACUAUCAAAACGUAAUUAACGCGCCAACUGUUUCCUUAUUUCGUUUGGAACUCAUCAAAGUGUCAUAGGAAUUAUGUGCCAAAACACACAACCUCGGCAACGACAGCAACAACAGUUGUCACCAACACCCAACAUAGUUGCACGGCCAACGCUUUCAGCUACACACCUCACGUCCAUCAUCACCGCCACCGGCAUUUUUUGCUACCUUUGGCUAUUUCUGUUUCACGCAGUCGCGCCAAUUCACGCACGUCGUCUGCAACGCUGCGAACUCGCCGGUCAAUUGUAUAUUUUGGAUGUGCCGAAAUCGGAGCUUUCGUUGUGGCUGUGCAUCGCACACUAUGAGAGUCGCUACAAUACCCACGUGGUGGGCAAUCGCAAUGCGGAUGGUUCCAGUGACUAUGGACUCUUUCAGAUCAGCGGCCGCUAUUGGUGUCAGCCGGACAAUGGUGUGAAAUAUCAUGUUUUCAAUGAAUGCAAUGUCACCUGCAACGCUUUGCUGCAGGAUGACAUAACCGAGGCGGUGGAAUGUGCUCGCACUAUACAACGUCGGCAGGGUUGGAGCGCUUGGAGCGUGUAUUCGGUGUAUUGUAAUCGAACGCUUACGGCUGUGGAUGAUUGUUUUGAUGGCGAUUUCGACGGGUUGCAGGAAGUGGCGGGGCGAGAAGAGAAAUGAGUGGAAGCUGAGUUUGGAAUUAUGAAAUUUAAAAUUUGCAAAUAUACCCAAUGUGUUCCGAUUGUUGAAGGGAUUUUUUUUUUACUAAAUAAAAUAUUGA